CACAGAUCCCAUCACGGCGGUUCUAAUUUUCCCGGUGAAUCCCCCAAUUCACCUUUCCCACCACCAUAUACAUCUGCUCCAGCUCCAGCUCCGCCAUUCGAUCACCACAUGACGUUGGGACCUUAUUGCCACGUAGACUCCAGCCUCCGCUCUCUCGCCGGGAAGGCUGAGGGUUUCGGCCGUGCCGCCGUUGGUGGUCUAAAUGGUCCGAUUUGCCACGUCACUUCUUUAGCUGAUGAGGGUCCAGGAUCUUUGCGAGAGGCUUGCAAGAGGCCAGAACCGUUAUGGAUUGUGUUCGAUAUAUCGGGAACGAUCAAUCUCUCUUCGUUUGUGAGCGUAUCAUCGCACACAACGGUGGACGGAAGAGGGCAAAAGGUGAAGAUAACGGGAAAAGGGUUAAGGCUAAAAGAGUGUGAAAACGUUAUAAUCUGCAAUCUUGAAUUUGAAGGCGGUGUGGGACCAGACGCAGACGCCAUUCAGAUCAAACCAAAAUCACACAACAUUUGGAUUGAUCGUUGUAGUCUCAAGAAUUACUAUGAUGGUUUGAUCGAUAUCACAAGAGAAAGCACUGACAUUACUGUCUCAAGAUGCCAUUUCAUGAACCACAACAAAACGAUGUUAAUAGGAGCGGACACAAGUCACGUUACGGACCGAUGCAUAAGAGUUACAAUUCAUCACUGUUUUUUCGACGGUACACGUCAGCGACACCCUCGCGUUCGCUUCGCGAAAGUCCAUCUCUUCAACAACUACACUCGUCAUUGGGCCAUUUACGCUGUUGGUGCCGGUGUAGAAUCUCAGAUAUAUUCUCAGUGCAACAUAUAUGAAGCUAGUGAGAAGAAAACUGUCUUUAAGUACAUCACUGAGAAGGCGGCAGAUAAAGAGAAACCCGGAGCUGGAUUCGUAAGAUCGGAAGGGGAUUUGUUGUUGAACGGAGCCAAGUCGUGUCUUAGCCAGGGCGGAGAACGCUAUGUGUUCUCUCCAACCCAACACUAUUCUGAAUGGACCGUGGAAUCGCCAACCGAGAUACUCAAGAACUAUCUGAAACACUCAACCGGCUGGCAGAACAUUCCGCUCCCACUAGACCAACCUCCGACCACUACAUAACUAUUGCUUAUCGAAAUGAAUUAAUUAGAUCACU